AUGGAACGACUGGAUGUCAGUGACUGGAUGAACAAACCUGGGAAACAUGGUUCCAGAGCUGAGAGCCAAGAAGCAGGCACCAGCUGUGGUCAACAGUGUGGUGCUCAGUACCAGCGGGGUCCAGAGGACGAUUCAGGGGUCAAGAGGCCACCCUACUCAGAUGACAGGAGGGAGAAAUGUGGCAAAAUCUUCUUCUUCCUUAUUAUCUUCAUUGGCAAGGAACUCGAGGUCACAACCUGGGAUCUCAGCUGCUCGGGGCUCCUGGGGGAGUCUGGCCUGGCCGGGCCAGUCCUGGGGCAGCCCAUCCCACCCCGGAGGAGUUGCCUUCCGCCUGCCUGCUUCUCCGCCCCAUCCGCAGCAGCCCCAGACCCUGUGCUGCCCCCGCUGCCUGCCAAGCGGCAUCUGGCAGAGUUCAACGUUCCACCUGUGCCCCCCCGCACUGGGACCCCCCGCCAGCUGCUCAUCGCAGGCCAGGCCCCCAAGCGCCCCUUCUUCCUGGAGUCUGGCAGGCUGGGUGCGAUAGAUUGCUUUGCCUGUCAGGAAGCCUCCGAGGACAUUGCACCUGACCAGCUGGGGGUCAUGUCCUUGGACCUGUGGGAGGAGCUCCCAGUGAGCCAAGUCCCACGUGCCGUGCGUGUGGCCAGUCUGCUGAGUGAGGGGGAAGAACUGUCUGGGGACGAGGACCAACCAGAUGAAGAUGAGGAUGACCACGCCUAUGAGGGCGUCCCCAAUGGUGGAUGGCACAAGAGCAGCCUGAACUCAUCCCUGCCCAGCAGCCUCCUGAUCCCCGAGCUCCCACCACACCCCAUGGACGGGCUCCCCGGGGGCUCCACCCCCAUCACACAGGUCAUCAAGGCUGGCUGGCUGGACAAGAACCCACCGCAGGGAUCUUAUAUCUAUCAGAAGCGAUGGGUGAGACUGGAUGCCGAUCAUCUGAGAUACUUUGACAGUAACAAGGACGCCUACUCUAAGCGCUUUAUCUCUGUGGCCUGCAUCUCCCGCGUGGCUGCCAUUGGGGACCAGAAGUUUGAAGUGAUCACGAACAACCGGACCUUUGCCUUCCGGGCAGAGAGUGAUGUGGAGCGGAAGGAGUGGAUGCAGGCCCUUCAGCAGGCGGUGGCUGCUCAGUAUGCCCGGGCCCAGCUGUCUAGCGCUUAUCCGUUGGGUAUUCGAGGCUCAGAGCCACCUGACCGUGCUGGCAGCCUGGAACUACGUGGUUUCAAGAAUAAACUGUAUGUGGCCGUGGUUGGGGACAAAGUGCAGCUGUACAAGAAUCUGGAGGUGCGAAGGACCCCCACCCCCCACUCCUGUGUCCCUAGCUUCUCGGCCGAAUCGGAACUAGAGAAGGAGCAGUGGCUGGAGGCCAUGCAGGGAGCCAUUGCCGAGGCCCUGUCUACCUUGGAGGUGGCCGAGCGCAUCUGGGCUGUGGCCCCCAACAGGUUCUGUGCCGACUGCGGGGCUGCCCAGCCUGACUGGGCCUCCAUCAACCUCUGUGUCGUCAUCUGCAAGCGCUGUCUCUUCUUACAGCUGGGCAAUGGCCCUGGGAACCGCUUCUGGGCAGCCAAUGUACCCCCCAGUGAGGCUCUGCAGCCCAGCAGCAGCCCCAGUGCCCGGCGGCGCCACCUGGAGGCCAAAUACCGUGAGGGCAAGUACCGCCGCUAUCACCCGCUCUUUGGCAACCAGGAGGAACUGGACAAGGCUCUGUGUGCUGCAGUCACUACCACAGACCUGGCUGAGACCCAAGCUCUCCUGGGCUGUGGGGCUGGAGUCAACUGCUUCUCAGGGGACCCUGAGGCCCCCACGCCCCUGGCUCUUGCCGAGCAGGCAGGGCAGGCGCUGCAGAUGGAAUUCCUACGGAACAACCGGACCACGGAGGUGCCUCGGCUGGAUUCAGCGAAGCCUCUGGAAAAGCACUACUCAGUUGUCUUGCCGACUGUGAGCCACAGUGGCUUCCUCUACAAGACUGCUUCUGCCGCCAAGCUGCUGCAGGACCGCCGUGCCCGGGAAGAGUUCAGCCGACGCUGGUGUGUCCUUAGCGACGGGGUCCUGAGCUACUAUGAGAAUGAGCGGGCAGUGACCCCCAACGGUGAGAUUCGAGCCAGUGAGAUUGUGUGCCUGGCAGUGCCCCCUCCUGACACCCACGGCUUUGAGCACACCUUUGAGGUGUACACGGAGGGAGAGCGGCUGUACCUGUUUGGUCUGGAGAGUGCAGAGCUGGCUCGUGAGUGGGUCAAGUGCAUUGCUAAGGCGUUCAUACCUCCCCUGGCUGAAGAUCUGCUGGCCCGGGAUUUUGAGCGGCUUGGGCGCCUACCCUACAAAGCUGGCCUGAGCCUACAGCGAGCCCAGGAGGGCUGGUUCUCCCUCACUGGCUCCGAGCUCCGUGCUGUCUUCCCAGAGGGGCCCUGCGAGGAGCCGCUCCAACUUCGGAAACUGCAGGAGCUUUCCGUCCAAGGGGACAGCGAGAACCAGGUGCUGGUGCUGGUGGAGCGAAGGAGGACGCUGUACAUCCAGGGGGAGCGGCGGCUGGACUUCACAGGCUGGCUGGGGGCCAUCCAGAAAGCAGCGGCCAGCUCCGGGGACACGCUGUCGGAGCAGCAGCUCGGAGACUCAGAUAUCCCAGUGAUCGUCUACCGCUGUAUAGACUACAUCACGCAGUGUGGCCUGACUUCUGAGGGCAUCUACCGCAAGUGUGGGCAGACAUCAAAGACUCAGCGGCUGCUGGAGAGUCUGCGGCAGGACGCUCGGUCUGUGCGCCUCAAGGAGGGCGAGCAGCAUGUAGACGAUGUCUCCUCAGCACUCAAGCGCUUCCUGCGAGACCUGCCCGAUGGUCUCUUCACUCGCGCCCAGCGCCUAGCCUGGCUAGAGGCCUCAGAGAUUGAGGACGAGGAGGAGAAAGUCUCCAGAUACAGAGAGCUCUUGGCACAUCUGCCUCCAGUCAACCGAGCCACAGUGAAGGCCCUUAUCAGCCACCUGUACUGCGUCCAGUGCUUCUCAGACACAAACCAGAUGAACACGCACAACCUGGCUAUUGUGUUUGGACCCACGCUCUUCCAGACAGAUGGACAGGACUACAAGGCUGGCCGUGUGGUAGAAGACCUCAUCGGCCACUAUGUGGUGGUGUUUAGCGUGGAUGAGGAAGAGCUGAGGAAGCAGCGGGAAGAGAUCACUGCCAUUGUGAAGAUGCGUGUGGCUGGCACUGCCAGCGGGACCCAGCAUGCCGGUGACUUCAUCUGCACAGUGUACCUGGAGGAGAAGAAGGCGGAAACCGAGCAGCAUAUCAAGAUCCCAGCAGCCAUGACAGCUGAGGAGCUCACCCUAGAGAUCCUGGAUCGCAGGAAUGUGGGCAUCAGGGAGAGGGACUACUGGACCUGCUUUGAGGUCAAUGAGAGGGAGGAGGCAGAGCGCCCCCUGCACUUUGCGGAGAAGGUGCUGCCCAUCCUGCACGGGCUGGGCACAGACAGCUACCUGGUGGUGAAGAAGCACCAGUCCAUGGAGGCCAUGCUGCUGUACCUGGCCAGCCACGUAGGUGACACCAAGCACGGCAUGAUGAAGUUCCGUGAGGACCGUAGCCUCCUGGGCCUGGGCCUGCCCUCAGGUGGCUUUCACGACCGAUACUUCAUCCUCAACAGCAGCUGCCUGCGGCUCUACAAGGAGGUCCGGAGCCAGAGGCCAUGGAGCGGGGCCCCUGAGACCAGUCACCGGCCUGAGAAGGAGUGGCCCGUCAGGAGUCUCAAAGUCUACCUGGGAGUGAAGAAGAAACUCCGGCCACCCACCUGCUGGGGCUUCACAGUGGUGCACGAGACAGAGAAACAUGAGAAGCAGCAGUGGUACCUCUGCUGUGAGACACAGAUGGAGCUCCGGGAGUGGUUUGCCACCUUCCUCUUUGUGCAGCAUGACGGCCUGGUGUGGCCCUCGGAGCCCUCCCGUGUAUCCCGGGCAGUGCCUGAGGUCCGGCUGGGCAGUGUUUCAUUGAUCCCUCUGCGCGGCAGUGAGAACGAAAUGCGAAGGAGUGUGGCCGCCUUUGCUGCGGACCCCCUUUCUCUCCUCCGCAACGUCUGAGCGCAGAAGCCAGCCCCUGGCUCUGAGACUCUGCCGCCCUGAAGCCUUCCUGUUCAGACACCCUCGUGCCCUGCGUGCCUGGUGUGAACCGGCAGGGGAUGCAUGAGGAAGCCGCACCCCACAUCCCACAUCCUUGUUGCAACAUGGGGUUCCCUGGCCAGGAAGUGGGGGGCAGCAGGGUCUGCCUGAGGAGGACCCCUCAUCUGUUGUCUGGGUGCUCCUCCUGGCCUGGCCUGCUCCCCCCUCCAGGGUC